GGCAGCCUGUGAUGACUGGAUCAUUCACAAGCUGCUCCAGUCCCAAACGAACCAAGUGUAACAUCAAAGUCAAUAUCUCCAUUCCCACACCCUCUUCUCGACAGUCCCAUACUUCUCACUUUGCUGUAUCACCUUAUACUUGAGCUCGAGACAGCUCCUCUCUUAUCUUGAGCCCAACACAGCUCUCUCAAGUGACUCAACUGCACAACACAACACAACACAACACUAUCAACUGUCAACUGUCAACUGUCAACAUGGCCGUAGACGUCUUUGCGGUUCCUGUCUUCCUUGUUGUCUUUCGAGAGACGCUUGAGACAGUCAUCAUCGUUUCUGUCUUGCUUGCUUUCCUCAAGCAAACCCUUGACGGCCCCAAUGGUGACAUCAAGGUGUACAAACAGCUGAGACGCCAGGUCUGGCUUGGAACGGGUAUCGGGUUCUUCAUCUGCUUGGUUGUCGCCGCUGCUGUCAUUGGUGUCUUCUACACCGUUGGCAGGAACUCAUGGGAGAAGAACGAGUACUACUAUGAAGGCGCAUUCUGUCUCUUUGCAUCCCUAAUCAUCUCCGUCAUGGGCGCAGCUCUGCUCCGUAUCGGCAAGAUGCAAGCAAAGUGGCGAGUCAAGCUGGCAAAGGCUCUCGAAUCGCCAAUCAAAGCUGGUUCCAAGGGAUGGUUCAAGCAGUUUAUCGAGAAGUACGCUAUGUUCGUCUUGCCUUUUGUCACCGUCCUUCGAGAGGGUAUCGAGGCUGUCGUCUUCGUCGCUGGUGUGUCCUUUUCUGCUUCGGCCAAGUCCAUUCCUCUCCCAACUGUUGUCGGCCUCUUUGCCGGUUGCUGUGUUGGCUAUCUUCUUUACAAGGGUGGCGCGAGCACCAAACUUCAACUCUUCCUCGUUCUCUCGACCUGCCUCUUGUACCUCGUGGGUGCUGGUCUCUUUUCUCGCUCUGUCUGGAGUUUCGAGAUGGCCAAGUGGAAUGAGUACAUUGGUGGUGAAGCUGAUGAGUUUGGAAACGGACCUGGUUCCUAUGAUAUUGACCAGAGUGUCUGGCACGUCAACUGCUGUGCCUCCACCGAAGCUAUUCAGAACGGCUGGGGUAUCUUCAAUGCCAUUCUUGGCUGGACAAACUCCGCUACUUAUGGCUCUGUCAUCUCCUAUAACCUAUACUGGAUUUGCGUCAUGAUCGGUUUCAUCAUCAUGCGUUUUAAGGAGACACAUGGCAGGCUGCCUUUCGGAAAGGCGAAGGCUCCUGCCAACGCUGUUGAUGAUGCUGAGAGCCACGCAAGCUCAACUCCCAAGAACGCUGCAACAGAGAAGACUACUACCGCUUAGGAGAACAUAACAAGAGAGUCUAGGACUCAUCUGCUGAUGGUUCAUUGUAUAAUUCACUUAGCUUUCUA